GAAAUUUUUCUUUAUUAAAAGAUGCUUCAAAUUAAAUGGAACAACAUAUUAUUAUACAAAUAUAUUCAUCAUACGAUAAAUUUAGACAGAAAACUUUAUAAUAUAAAGAUCUCCUGCAGCUUGUGUCCUGUUGGAAGACCCAAAAAGGCUACACUCUCUCCUUGCACUGUGAUACUCAUUCUCUGAAUAAAAUAAAAUUCUCCGAAAUCAAGUUACCAAUGGCCACUUUAAAUAAUGUAAAUCAAAGUAUGGAAAUAGAGAAACAUUUCAUUUUACAACCUAGCUUGACACUUUAUCAUGCAAUCUUAUUACAAUACUGCUAAUGAUAAUGAAGUAAAUUAUUGUAUACAUAUUCGCAGCAGUGGAAAAUUAUUAUACGCACAGACUGGCACAGGAAGCAAUUACAGACAUACGCAGUAGAUGAUGGAUUCAAACAGGUCCUGCCCUUUGAUCCUACUCAUAAUCUUUGCUCACAGUGUUAUUGCGGACCAGGACAGUUAUCGUGGUGACGAUGCUAGCGUACCAGUGCUUCCAAUGAACGUAAUGGACACAAAUAUGGAAGCUGCUUCAGUCCAAAACAGUAGUAUUGCCAAGAUGGGAGUUGAUCCGGAAACCGAAAAAUGGGUGCAAACUCUACGUGACCACUUUCUGAGCUGGGGUUAUAAUCUGGAUCAGAUCCCCGAACCGUUUGGCACAAAGAAAACCGAGGGCAGCAUAAAUCUAAGUCCGGAAUAUCAAAAAGUUUUGAAACAACUCGAAUCUAGCAUUCCGGAGAAUGUGAGACAAUCGCUUGACGCAAUUUUGAAGGAUGGUGGAAUUGAUUCGAGUCGUAAUGAUGGUAACAUGACCAAGCUGACCGAAAUUGAGGAAACCAUGGACCAGAUUGUUCGUGAGAAUAAAGACUUCAAAAUGAACGCCUUGCUAGCUCCACACAUACUUCCGAGUGAACCAUCAAUUGUAAACCAUCGCAAUCACACAAGUUUUUGCGAUGAGAAAAAUGGACCAUGCGAAACUGACGAUGAUGAUGACGAUGAUGGUUCUAACCAAGAGAUUCAGGCCCAACUUGCUGAUCAGGAGCGGAUUAAGGCCGACGAAGAAUCGUUAUUGGAGCUUUUGGCCGAGGUCAAGUUUUACCUGGUGAAAGAAAAGCCGCUGACAAAAGUUGAGGAAGAUGAAGCCAAUUUGGACGUGGACAAAAUUGCUUUCUUUGCCCAUGACAUUGCGUCCAUCGCAGGAGGACGUGCUGCCUCGACGGCUUAUAAUGACACAAACAGCAGCUCUGUGUUAUCAAGUGAGAAUGCGUCCCAAGAACAACUUGUAGCCAAUGAGAGGUUCAUAGCUGAAAGAAUGAAUGAAGAUCCAUCCCUGGAUGUUUCGGUUCUAGGAAAUUCUGCAAAAGAGACAGGCCAUCAAAUGGGAAAAAUUGCAGCAGAAUUAGCACAAAGUGGACAAAGUGAUGAGGACCAGGCAGUAAAACUUCCGUCCACCGGAGAAACGUCGGAAGCAACGACGAGCGCAGCUUAUACAGGGUCGCACAAUAAUGCAUCCGAAAAUAUUAGUUCUGCAUCGAAUGAGGAUUUAUUUAGAGUGGAAAAGAUUGACUUAUCAUUGAUAAAUUUACUGAACCAAGGAAAUCAGGCAAACAUGUAUAAUAAUCAAGGCAAGAAUGAUCAAAAGAUACACAAACAGAGAUUUCUUAAGCUCAUUGAACCUUUGAGGAUUACCGGGGACAGGGAAGAGGACAGAAUAAGGGUAGCAAAAAUUGCGAAAAUUAUGGAGGAUAUUGAGAAAGAGCAAAUACAUAUGCAAAUAUUGGAACAACGACUAAACGAGGAAAACUCUUACAAUGAGAAACAGAGAUUGAACGAUGAAAUUGGGAAACCACACCAUCAACUGCAGCAGCAGCAGCCGCAGCAGCGCAUUGUUCAGUACCAGACGCAGCUACCCCUUCGUGUCAUGAUCCCAAAUGAUAAGUUGGAGGAAUUGAGAAAAGAUGAAGCUCCGCAGGGUCCACAUCUGCCAAAUUCUCCGUCCAAGAAAGAAGACACACUUGCCCUCAGCAGUCCAGCAGACGCAACGAAUAAUAUCAUCCCUGAGGUCAAUUUCAAUGGUGGGUUCCCAGACAGCAUUGAUGAACUAAAACAAAAAUACCCACAAGGGAGGUGGCCAGAGGAAGUGAAAUCCGAUCUUCUUGCCUCAAAUAAUAUGGCGCAACGAAUUGAAAACAUCAUCAUUGCUCAGCCCACGAGUCGUUCUGCUAAACGGAAAAAUGACGAGGGCGCGUCUCAAAUCCUACCAAACGUUUAUGGAAUGAAUGAAAAGUCGUCCUUCAAAGAUGAGGCAGCAAAACCCCGACGUCGUUUGCCGAUUAACAUAAUAUUUCAUGAUUAUGAUGACAAUAGUGACAAAUUGGAAGGUAUAGAAAAUGGGGGUCGUGGUUAUGGACAUUCGAAUGUCCAUAACAUGAAUCAACCAACGCCAUAUCAUUUGUAUCAAGGACAAGCAGUUGGACAGAGAGAGUUCAGGAGGAAAAUGGGUGGUGGGAUUAGAACCCAUGGAGGGAUUUCAAAACGUGAAGAACGAGUAAACCAUCCAAGAAAUGAGUUGAGUCCAGAAUAUUUGGAAAAUUUAAUUGCUAACGAACACAGGAAUAGUAAGAAGAAAGGUCAGAAUAGAAAUCAUCAAAUUCAAGCUCACGGUCGAUACAUUAAUAGAAUGCACCAUAUACGGUCAAACCAAAUUAAUCGACUUAAUUAA